AUGGUUUCAAAUAUGAAAAAAGAAAAAAGUUCAAAACAACAUAAACAUCGAAGUGAUCAUGAUCGUGUUGAAAAAAUUCGAGAUCGUGAACGUCGUUCACCAUCGAAUGAUGAUAAAUCUCGAUCACCAACACCAACUAAAUCAAAUACAAAUGAUUCAUCAAAUAUUACACGUGAAGGUACUGAACGUAUGUCAUUAUCAAUAAAUGAAACAAAUAAAUUACGUGCUUCACUUGGUCUUAAACCAUUAACAAUUGAUGAUCAUACAACAACAGAUUCAGAUACUACAAAAAAAAGUUUAAAUAGUGAUGAAAAUUUUGUUCAUCGACCAGCAAUAAAUUUAACAGAAAAAAAACGAACAGAACACGUUACAGAAAAACUUAGUGUACAUAAAGAAAAACGAAUGUUACAAGAAAAAUUUCUUGCAACAUCAACUUUAGCAUCUGAACCAGCUGAAUCAGCAAUAUCAUGGGUUGAAAAAAUGCGUCAAACGGAAGAAGAAAAACGUAAAGCAGCCAAACGUGCUAAGUUACUUGAACAAAUGGAUGAAGAAUUUGGUGUUAGUAAUUUAAUACAUGAAGAAUCAGAAAAACAAAAACAAAAAAGAUAUACAUCAAAAAAUUUGGCUGGUCUUCGUGUUGAACAUUCAAUUGAAGAAUUUAAAGAAGGACAACAAGUUAUUUUAACAUUAAAAGAUAAAAAAAUUUUAAGUGAUAAAAAAGAUGAUGAUGAUGAUGAUGAUGAUGGUGAUGAAGAUGUUUUAUUUAAUGUUAAUAUUGCUGAUAAUGAAACAGCAAAAGAACGUGCUGAAUUAGCAAAAAAGAAAACAUCUGGUUAUCGAGCAUAUAAUGAUAAUGAAACAGCAGAUCAAUUUGGAAUGUUGAAUCCAAAUAAAUUACUUGAACAAUAUGAUGAUAAAAAGAAAUCAUCUUUUCGACUUGAAUCCGAUGGUGCCUAUGAUAUGUCUAAUGAGAAGGUCAUGGAUGAAAUGAAACAAGAAAUUCGAGCACGAAUGCAAAGUCUAAUAGUACCAACACCAAAAGUAGCUAGUGAAUAUUAUACAACUACUGAAAUGGAACAAUUCAAAAAACCAAAAAAGGUAACUAAGAAAAAAAUUCGAUCACGGAAAAUGCUAAAGGCUGACGACCUACUAGCAAUGGAUAGUAGUGAACCACGAGAAUCAUCAACAUCGAUAUCUUUACGUCGGGCUGAAACACGUCGACCUACUGCUAUUGUUUCAACAUCAAAAGAACGUCCAACUACUGUUUCUCUUGAUAAACUCAAACGAGAAAUGAUAACAACAACUACAACAGAAGAUGACGAUCAUUUGGGUCCUGAUAAUGAUCUUUCCUAUGGUCCCAUUGAAGAUGAUGCAUUCGAUGAACUUCAAACUGUUAUUAAUAAAACAAUGAAACUCAAAACCAAGAAAGACAGUAUUUCAGCUGAAAAGGCUUUAAGUGAAUUAAUCGAAGAACGUGAUCGAAAACUAAAAGUUGAAAUUAAAUCUGAACCUAUGGAAGUUGGUAUUAUUGUUCCAUCGAGUUCAGUUCCACCCGAUGAUAAAAGCCUUGUACUUGAUACAAUGUCAGAAUUUUGUCGUACUGUUGGUGAAAAUACAAUUGAUACAACAUCAAAUAUACCAAAAUUACGUGCAGCAACAAAAAUCAAACGUGUAAAUGCUCAAGCAAGUAAAAAAUCAUCAUCAAAAACUAAUGUAACAUUAGAUCCUGAUGAUGAAUUAUUACAACAUGCACUUCAAAAUGAAGAUUUUGAUGAUGAUGCUAUGGAUGAUACACCAGUUGAAGAUGUUAAUACAAAACCAUUUCGUCUUGAAGAAUCAAUUUUAGCUGCUGAACCAACACUUAAUCGUGGUCUUGGUAGUGCACUUCAACUUGCUCUACAAAAAGGAUAUAUUGAACAAGAAAAAACUCGUCAAAAUGCUCGUUUUGUUAGUGAUAUUUCAGCUAUACAUUAUACAAUUGAAGAAAAAAAUUCUUAUGAAAUUGAUGAUAAACAUGCUCGACGUGAUCGUUAUACAUCUGGACCAUUAACUGAUUUCAAAGAAAAAGAACAUUAUCGUCCUGAUGUUAAACUUGAAUAUGUUGAUGAAGGUGGUCGACGUAUGAAUGAAAAAGAAGCAUUUCGUUUUCUUUCACAUCGUUUUCAUGGUAAAGGUAGUGGUAAAAAGAAGAUUGAAAAACGAGCUAAAAAACUCGUUGAAGAAGAGAUGAUGAAAAAAAUGUCAAGUGUUGAUACUCCAUUACAAACAUGUAAUUUAUUAAAACAAAAACAACUUCAAUUACAACAACCAUAUAUUAUUUUAAGUACUAAUCGAUCUAGAGAUCCUCAACUUCCUCCUGGAAGUAUUACAAAAAAUUAA